CUCCAAACGCCAGGCUGCCUCUGCGAAUUGCACCCCAGACCCGCGGAAGGGGAGGGAAAGUCACACGCCAGCCCAUCUGACACUUCCGGUUUACUUUUCAAAAGAAUGCGCAGGCGACUUAUACGUGUUUGAAGGACUUAGAGAAAGAUCCUUGAGAAGUGUCAUCAAGGAAGAUGAAGUGUCGUACCUCAAGUGAUGAGAAAACGAUCUCUGGUAUGAUGAAGAUUUGGAGCACCGAGCAUAUUUUCAGUUACCCAUGGGAGACUGUGAUCAAGGCUGCCAUGAGGAAGUACCCCAACCCCAUGAACCCCAACGUGGUUGGCGUGGACGUGCUGGAUCGGAGUCUGGACUCAGAGGGACGCCUUCACAGCCACAGACUCCUCAGCACAGAGUGGGGGUUACCGUCUAUCGUACGAGCGAUACUGGGGACCAACCACACACAGACGUACGUGAAGGAACAUUCUAUUGUCGACCGAGAGGUGAAAAAGAUGGAGCUGUGCUCAACAAAUAUUACUCUCACCAACCUGAUAUCCGUAGAUGAGAGGCUCGUUUACACACCACACCCCGAAAACCCAGAGGUUACUGUACUGACACAGGAAGCCAUCAUCACGGUGAAGGGAGUCAGUCUGAGCAGCUAUCUGGAGGGCCUGAUGGUCAGGAGCAUGUCUGCCAACGCCCGGAAGGGCUGGGACGCUAUUGAGUGGGUGAUUCAGAACUCUGAAGGGGACAAUGUGCCACUCUGUGACAUUUACUAACACUGGACUCCAGAUCCACUGACGACUGCUUUCCUCAGCUGCUCCUCGUACCUGAAAGGGAACGUGGGGUGAUUCUCAACAUCCUCCGGUCCUCUGCAGAUGGUUCUUUCAUGUGACGAAAACUAAACCUUUGCCAAAGCAAAAACGGUUCUUAAAACUUUCUGGGACUGCGUUGCCAGGUUUGGCAAUUGUGACUCAUUUCUAGCUCCUCAUUUAUGAUCCAAUAACAGUUAAACCACAUGGCAACAAAACAGAGACUCAUGUCCACUAAGCAAACCUAGCAGACCUUACGAUCUUGAAUGUCACUUUUGUACUUAUGAAGUGACACUUUAAGAAAAAAUACUCGAUAUAGAAGACGGACGCAACAAGGAGGUACACACCAAUGUUUUGUUUUUCCUAAACAAGGUACAGUGAGUUGUUAUUAUGCAGCUGUCUCAAAGGCUUUAUCUGGACUGGUUUCAUACCAUAUGAAAACUCCUACAGUGGGAAACGGGUUAAAAUGUGGAGAUGUUACUGGUGCUUAUUUUGUGUUACACUGGACAAAAAUGUUAUAUUACAGAUUGGGCGUGAUUUAUAUUUACCGCAUUAGUUUCGGUCCUGGAUCACCAAUAUUUCCAUGUGUAACAUCAGCUUUAUCUGUCAGUUUUCAGCAACGUUAAACAAUUCCUAGUACUAAAGUGUAGCCACGCCAGCGUCAGUGUUUUGGUUCUGAUGAGGCUGAAUCAGGUUGUGACCAGCGUCACUGGAUAACACGAGGCAAGCUCACUAAUAAGGCAGCAGCCAGAGAACUCCAUCUUUGUCUUUUCUAAUAGUAUUUACUCAAAAAGAAUAAUUGACACUCGACUGAAUUUUGCAGCUGCUCGGAUCCAAUCCAAUCGUUUUCUAUACAAAAUAAAUAUGAUUAGAUAAGACAAAGAAGGACCUAUUUGGCCACAAUGACAAAAAGUAGCCAAGAUGAAAAGUUAUGCACUCGUAACUGGAAACAUUGCAAGCAGGUUAGAUUACGCACCGUCCCAGGAGACAUGUUCAAAAUGGAACAAUAUGUGGUCAUUCAGGUCCGAAACCAACAUGGAAAGUACAAAUCUUGCACAGUUUUGCAAAACGUGAAGGACUUUGGAGAACAAAAACUGAUAAGGGAUCUAAAAAAAAAAAAAAAGGAUAUGAAUGAAAUAAUGUUGACUGUACCAUCAACAUUGCCUUCAUCUGAUACUUCACAUCAAUGAGCGUUUUGGAAACUUACCAAGAACAGAUGUUGAGGAAGACACGGUGGUGUUCAGGGUGGGAAAAUGUUCACAUUUAUCCGGCCUCAAAGCGACACCAGCGUUUUGGUUUCAUGCCUUUGCCGGUCGCACACCUCAUGCUUCCAAACGACGUGCUUAUCCAUUGAUGCAACCUACGUAUCCUGGAGACCAGGAGCAGUACUGUAUGUGCGGUGAUGCACACUGUGACUAAUGUGCUUAAACAUGUUUCAGGAUAGCAGUAAAUAUAGCAUAUUUGUUUUAAAUGAUAUUUUAAAAAAGGCAUUUAGUAAAUGCCACUGCUUUCAUUUUGUGUUGCAUAGAAAACAAAAAAUUUGUAUACUUUUUUGUUUCAAAGCUCAAGUUUUGCCUGGCAGCAAUGAAAGAGAUGCUACAAUAAUUAAAGCAGAAGUGAAAACAAUGA